AUGCCUAGAUCAAGAGCUAGAAGAGCAAGAAGAGUAGUGACUCCAGAAGAAGCAGUGGAGGUGUUUACACCAGCAUGGCAAGAAUUGAAUACACCAGCAUGGCAAGAAUUGAAUACACCACCAAUGGAAGAAAUGUCCAUGAUUAGUCCGACCCAAACUCGGGCCAAUCGGGUAGGCUGGAGAAGAAUUGGUAAUUUAAUAGUGGAAGUGUCUAUUGUAUCCCUUCAAGCAUGCCAGCAGCUAUUACCUGAUUUCAUCGAGCAAGAGUUAGAAAUUACGGAGGGAUGGUGGUACGCUGCUGCAACGACUGCUCUCGCGUAUACAGUAUAUGUGGGCCGUUACUUUAUCCUUUCGAUUUGGCGUCGGGAGCCAAUUGAAAAUAUUGUGCAAAACGGUUUUGCUCUUCUUACGUGCCUUUUGGCAUUAUGGUUUGGUUACAGUGGCUACAGCGACUCACAGAGUUUAACUGUGUAUCGCAUGGUCAUUCUCUGUCAAAUGACACUUGCUACUUUUGUGUCAUGA